UCCGACUCAACAACAUGGCUCGAGAUGGCAUCGGCGAUGACGCAUGGCCCAUCUUGCUUGACCUUCCAGCGUUGUUGGCGCCGGAUGACCAACUGAACGACGAUGUAGAGCAGCUUUUCUACUUCGUGGAGGACUCUGCUGUCAUCCCAGAGCCAAAUCAAGUGACAGAAGGUCCUUGUUCCACAGCAAAACAACUGCAGCACACCUCUUCCGGUGUCGACUCGCAGGAAGUGCAAACAUCGCCCCUCAAACCACCACGUCGUCGACGCUGUACUCACCAAGAGCGCCAGAAGGAGGAGCUCCUGCGUCUCCGACGCCAAGUGGUCGAGAUGAAGCAAGUCCUGGACGCGAGACAUGGUCAACAUGAAGAAACGCAGGACGGCAUGACGUUGUGGGAGCGGGCGGCCAGAAUUGAAAGCAAAGAGAGGUGGCUAAGCGUGCAGGAAAACGCGCAACUUCGGGGAGCUGUCCGUGAGCAAGCCGCUUUCAUUGAAUAUUUGCAGCAUCUCAUCUCGAGCCAAUCUGCGCAUCACCACCAAGCCGAAGACAAAGAUGCGUGGCAGGUCUAUCGGUUGGCUGCGAACGAGUCGCUCCGCACCACAGCGAUCCACGCGAUUGCAAACAGGCAUCUUCGGCGGAUGCACAGCGCGUUUAUUCAGUUGGGGGUGCACGGACCCACUCAAAACAGGUUCCAGGCUCGUGUGGUGAAACCUCACGGCAUCCAAACGAGCUUUCGAUUUGAGCUGGUAAACGUCGUGGCCCUGCCGGCGCCGUACUCGAUCGUUGCCGCGGCAGUGUGGCAAAUGCAUGUUGGCGAGUCGGCCGACGUGGCUUCGCCUGCCUGGCCCGGCGGCACUACCGAAGAGGUCGAGGGAAUCGAUUCGUGCACAUUGUACACCAAACUUCGACACAACCACGACGGUGUCACCAGCCACGCCAACACUAUUCGAAAACGCUACCAGUUUCAAGGCCGAGAUGUCAUCGUGUCUCGAAGUGUGCUCGAAGAUGCGCGAGACCCGCACAUGUUGAAAGGCGUGGUCGAAAACAAGUGGAGCUGGCUCGAAGUCGCGGCGAUUCCUGACAAUGCCACGUCAUGCCGGUUGACGUACGUCGUUCAAAUGGAUAUGGGCAAUACCCCCCGACUGAUGAUCACGGACGAAGAAGUCGCUGGGCUGGAAGCGAUGCUGCAGCACCAUCACGUGUCGGAAGACUCGGCACGUGGUCCAAACAGUCCGCUAACGCAGUCCACACCUGACAGGCCACACAUGCGCGGGUUCGUCGAACGUGGGAAGCGCUUCGUGCAAGCGUUAGAUUCUGCCGUGGACCACGCAAUUGCUCAGUACAGACGGGAACCGCAUAUAGCAACUUGAAAAAGCAGCUCUAGAUGUCUCCCA